AUGUCUUCCACAUCUAGUCUGGGGGGCUCCUGCCCUGUUCCCUUUCUGCAACAGAGCCUCUUCCCAGAUACAGGGGGAUUUAUGGAGGGACGAUUUUGCAUGCCUCUGUCCACGCUUCAGCCCAACCUCACCUGCUGUUUACCCUGCCCGAUGACAGACUGGACAUACUCGGAUGGAUUUGAAGCCCGUACCGAGAUCGCCAACUGGGUAAAUGUGGCAGCUUUUGUGCUUUCCAUAUAUCUUCUUCUUUCAUUUGCUGUUCUUCCAGUCAAAUAUACUCAUAGACACUAUUUGAGUGUCUGUUUGACCUUGGGAGUGGUUUUCUUGGAGCUUGCUUUCAUUAUCCCGUUGGCCACAAAGCCAGCACAGUGUUUCAACGAAAUUACUCCCAAUGAUAUGAAAUCGAGCGGCUCUUGCGCAAUUAGCGGCGCCUUUCUGUUAUUUGGGGGUUGGGCCGUUGUCAUUUGGGUUUUCUGCAGAGCCCUAGCCCUCCAUCUCCAGAUUUGCUGGGAGGUGGCGCUUGGGGACAGAUCAUUCUACACGGCACUGGUGUUGGGAUGGCUGGUCCCCGUUGUCGGCCUUGCAUUGACUCUCAGCCUGACUGGAGUCUCAUUCCGCUUCGGCAACGUCUGCCACAUCAACCACAAAGAUGCUCUUCAAGAUUAUUGGGGGCCGCUUUUGGCUUUCGCCGCCUUAGCUUUGGUGCUGCAGUUCGUCACAAUCGGCUAUUGCAUUCAAGUCUAUGUCAAGAGCCUUCUCGAUGACAAACAAACAACAAAUACCAGCUCGCAGCCGCCAACAUAUCAAGGGAGUAUGAGGACGGUGACUGCGAGACAGACCUAUCGCCGAGUCAAGAGGGUGAUCGAGCUUCAAUGGCGUGGAGCUAGCAUCGUGCUCGUCAUGAUUGCAGAAGUCGUGUUCUUCUCGGUGAUCUUUGUCUCCAUGGACAACAGUACACAAGUCGAUGCUGGGCUUUUGCAGAAGUCGGAGCCUUGGCUCACGUGUUUGGUUGCCAACAAAGGAGACAAAAACAAAUGCCUAUCGCUUGCAAGCGGACUGGUCAAACCAGAGGGGAUCGUUCUGGCGGUGCUCGUUGUUCUUGGGUUGAGCGGCUUCUGGUGCCUGAUAUUCAUGGGGCGAUGGUCUAUGACCCAUGGCUGGGCAGAAUUUUUCCGAACAAAAUUGUUUCGAAAGAAUGAAUUUGUCUCGGCUGAUGCCAGACGGUUCUCCAACGACCCUCGUACGUACGAAAUGCUGAGCGGAGCGACGCCUCAACUGAACAUCACAACCCCAGAUCGCGCUUUGACAAGCCCAAGAAUGCGGACGGAAUUCUCCCCCACGGACACGAAGCAAGACCCCUACGGCUCGGGGCGAGCCUAUGUCACCCCCGUAUCGAGCUAUUCCCAUCCCAUGCCUCCGAGUCAACACAAGGAUUGGGAUCCAAAAUUGACGCAUGCCAAACCAAUGGAAUUAUUCGGAAAAGCUGGUGAAAUGAAUAUAUACCCGGGAUGA